AUGAAAAACUUACAGAAGUUGGGACAAUGGUCUUUUCUAACAAUUGCUUUGGCAAUUUGCUUAGUUGCCAGCACUGCUGUUGCUGAUUACUCUUAUGAGUAUACUUCACCUUCACCUUCUCACAACUCUAACAAGUACUACAAAUCACCAUCUCCAUCCAACUAUCAUGUGCCCACUCCUUAUUACAAGAAACCUUAUCCAUCACACUACUACUAUAAAUCACCAGCACCUUCAAAGCAUGCUUAUUACAAAUCGCCAUCACCAGCAAAAUAUUACAAGUCACAUGUUCCUUCAAAGCAUUACUACUACAAGUCACCCAUUGUAACCAAGUAUUACAAGUCACAUGUUCCUUCAAAGCACUACUACAAGUCACCGGUUGCAACAAAGUAUUACUACAAGUCCCCAACUCCUUCAAAGCAUUAUUACAAAUCACCCACUCCUUCUAAGUAUUACUACAAGUCCCCAACUCCUUCAAAGUACUACUACAAGUCCCCCUCGCCAGCAAAGUACUACAAGUCGCCUACUCCGUCAACACACUAUUACUACAAGUCACCAUCCCCAACAAAAUACUACAAAUCACCCGCUCCAUCUAAAUACUACAAAUCGCCUUCACCAACAAAAUAUUACAAGUCACCAGUUUACUACAACUCUCCUCCACCACCACCAACUUACUAUGAGAAAUCACCUUCAUACUACAAGUCACCUCCACCUCCACCAAAAUACUAUGAGCAAUCACCUAAGUACUACAAGUCACCUCCACCCCCACCGAAAUACUAUGAAGAAUCACCAUCAUCUUACAAAUCUCCACCACCUCCACCAAAAUACUACGAGCAACCACCAACUUAUUACAAUUCUCCUCCUCCACCAUACUACCAAGAAUCUACACCUUCCUAUAAAUCUUCUCCACCUCCUCCAAAGACCUAUGAACAAUCACCUACAUUCUACUCACCUCCACCACCACCGUACUACAAAGAAACACCAACCUAUGCCUCACCGCCACCACCUGAGAAGUACGAGGAAUCUGCCACCUAUGCUUCACCUCCACCCCCAUCACCAUCUCCCCCACCACCAACCUACUACUAG